AUGAGGCUUUCGAAUGUCAUUGCAGGCGCUACCGCCUGGUUCGCGACCGACGUCGCGGCGACAGCGCUGACCUACAAGGUCACGGCGAACGAGAAGGCCUGCUUCUUCGCAGAUGCUACUAACAAGGGCGAAAAGAUCGCCUUCUACUUUGCGGUCCAAUCUGGUGGUUCUUUCGACAUCAACUAUGAAGUGACGGGCCCUGCAGGUGGUGUCAUUAUCGAAGGCGAGAACGAGCGACAGGGCGACUUUGUCUUCACAGCCAACGAGCCCGGCGAGCACAAGUUUUGCUUCAACAACGAGAUGAGCACAUACACGGACAAAUACGUUGAUUUUGAGAUUUCCGUGGAAAACGAAGCUCGCGUCCAGCUGCCGUCUAAGCAGGGCAGCUCAGACGAACAGACCGGCAAGAUCGCCGAGUCUGUGUUCAAACUGUCAGGCCAGCUCACGACCAUCACGCGCAACCAGAAGUACUUCCGCACGCGCGAGAACCGCAAUUUCAGCACGGUCCGUAGCACCGAGAAGCGAAUUAUCAAUUUCAGUCUCAUCCAGUGCGGCCUUGUCGUUUGUAUGGGCGCAUUGCAGGUGUUCGUUGUUCGCUUCUUCUUCCAAUGCCGCCUUCCCCCACUUAGCCCCAGCAUCGCGACGAAGUAA